CCUAACGGCGGAAAGCGGCGGAAGACGCGUCCCUGCUUCGUUUUGUGUUGUUCACUGAAGAUUCGGGGAUCGAUUAAGUCGCCGACGCUUUGCUUCAGAUUAAGCUCGCGCUAGCGAGUCCCUUUUCGAAGGAAAACAGCCCCGCGUCCUAUUCGGCCGGCGGCGCGCGCAGUCCAACGCCGGCUACGUCGUGCGGCGCAGGGCGGACUGAAGCGAGGGACGAGUCCUCACAGCAAGAGCGUCAGCUGACUGACUGGAGCCGCGCGCAGGGCAAGGGCUGCGGCUUCAACCCGAGGCGAGGGCGCGUCCGCGAGGGCCGCCCGGACCCCACCUCUCGCGAUGCUGCGGUGGCUCAUAGGAGGGGGACGCGAGCCGCAGGGAUUGGCCGAGAAAUCUGUACAGACCAUUGGCGAAGAACAAACACAAAAUCCCUACACUGAGCUGCUUGUACUGAAAGGUCAUCAUGAUAUAGUGCGGUUUCUAGUGCCAAUAGAUGAUUACAGGUUUGCAUCUGCUGGUGAUGAUGGGAUUGUAUGUUUGUGGAAUGCUCAGACUGGAGAAAAGCUAUUUGAGCUGCAUGCACAUACACAAAAGAUUACUGCUCUUGCAUCUUUUCCUCUAUCAGAUACUUGUGAAGAAAAAUGUCACUUGAUCUUGACAGCAGGUGCUGAUAGAACUGUUAUUGUUUGGGAUUGUGACAAUGGUAGGCAAGUUCAUAAAGUAUCCUGCUUUCAUUCCACAGUAAAGUGUUUGACAGUUCUUCAAAGGCUGGAUGUAUGGCUGUCUGGAGGGAGUGAUCUGUGUGUUUGGAACCGAAAAUUAGAUCUCUUGUGUAAGACAAGUCAUCUUAUUGAUGCAGAUAUCAGUGCUAUGAUAGAAUUGCCUAAAAAUUGUGUGGCGGCAGCAGUUGGCAAAGAACUGAUCAUUCUUAGACUGAAAGCUUCCAGAGAUGGAACUGAAUGGGAUGUCAUCGAAGUGAAGCGCCUUCUUGACCAUGAGGACAAUAUUGUAUCGUUGGUCAGUGUCAGUGAUCUGACUUUUGCAACAGGCUCUCAUGUUGGUGAGCUGAUAGUCUGGGAUGCAUUGGACUGGACCAUGCAUGCAUAUGAACGCAGAUGGGAUGCUUCUCUUCACGUUGACCCACAACAAGAAAUAAAAUUAUCGCACAGUCAAAAUGAAGUUUCAAUUCAACAUUUAGCUUCUGAUGAGGAGUGUGUGUUCGCUGCUGUUGGAAAGGGCAUAUACGUGUAUAACCUUCAAAUGAAGCGUGUGAUUGCCUUCCAGAAGACUGCUCAUGACUCCACUGUCCUGCACAUUACAAAAGUUCCAAACAGGCAAAUAAUCUCCUGUUCAGAAGAUGGCAGUGUUCGCAUAUGGGAAUUACGAGAAAAACAGCAGCUUACAGCUGAACCCGUUCCUUCAGGUUUUUUCAGUAUGUGGGGAUUUGGAAGGACAAGUAAACAAGCCAGUCAUACAGCUAAAAAGCCGCCAGAGAGCACCACUGUUUUCUCCUUGGAUCUCAUUGGGGAUUUGAUUGGGCACUCUUUAGCUGUUCAGAUGUUCCUGUACUUCAGUGAACAUGGCCUGGCAACAUGCUCUGCUGAUCACCUUGUUAUUUUGUGGAAAGAUGGAGAACGAGAGUCGAGAUUGCGCAGCUUACUGUUAUUUCAUAAGUUAGAACAAAGUGAAGAUUUGCAGCUUAGGAUCUAAAAGGACGUAAAUAUAUGGGAUAAAGUCCGAUUUAGGAUUUUGCUGCUGCUGUUCCCAUACAGGAAAAUGAGCCAGAGGAAAAGAAUGAACACUCAGCCUCAAGUGCUAAAACCAGUUGGACAGGGCAAG